CUUGCCGUCCACUGGAUCUUUCCACUGCUGGACCGAGUCAUCGCCACUGCACCACUGAUAACCAUCUCCCCUCGACUCGCCCGCGCCAAUGACCCGCGUCCUCUCACCAAAGUCUAUCACGGCGGCACGCACAGCCAGUGCCGCGAGCCUCCACACGUCGGCCGUCGCCCGCGCCAAAUCGACCCCGCCGUCGGCGUCAGCCGCCCGCCCAGCAAAGCCGGCAGCAACCCCACUAUCCUCGCUUCUCCUGCCCUCGUUUAAAGGCUCCAACUCUUCGUCGUCGUCAACAUCACCCACCCGCCGCGCAGCAUCACACACCGCCAUGCCUACCACCACCAGCCCGUACUCUGUCCCCCGGACCAGCGCGCAGAUCUCGGAGGAGGUCAGCGAGGCCGUUGCGGGCAAGGAGAACGUCCAGCGCUUGCAGCGCCUCCAGCGCGACUUUAGGAGCGACACCUUCACGAUGCCGACCGACGCGCAGCUGCUCGUGUCGCUGCGCGCGUCGCGCGGAGACGACGUGUACCACGAGGACCCGUCGACCGCGGCGCUCGAGGAGCGCAUCGCCAAGAUGACGGGCAAGGAGGCGGCGCUGUUCGGCGCGUCGGGCACCAUGACCAACCAGCUCGUCAUCCGCACGCACAUGAAGCAGCCGCCGCACUCGGUCAUCACGGACCACCGCGCCCACGUGCACAUGCUCGAGGCGGGCGGCAUUGCCAUGUUCUCGCAGGCGACGACGCACGGCAUCACGCCGGCCAACGGCAUCCACCUCACCGCCGAGGACAUUGAGCCCGCCCUCCAGCUCGGCACCAACAUCCACAUUGCGCCCACCAAGCUCGUGUGCCUCGAGAACACGCUCUCGGGCAUCAUCUUCCCCCAGGAGGAGGUCGUGCGCAUCGGCGAGCUCGUGCACAAGAACGACAUCCAGCUGCACCUCGACGGCGCGCGCAUGUGGAACGUUGCCGCGGCCGAGAUUGAGCGCCGCGGCCUCAACCCCGGCGACGAGGGCGUGCGCACCGCGGUCCUCACCGAGCUGCUGGCGCCGUUCGACUCGGCGUCGCUGUGUCUCUCCAAGGGCAUUGGCGCGCCGAUCGGCUCGGCGAUCGUCGGCACAAAGGAGUUUAUCGAGCGCGCGCGCUGGUUCCGCAAGAUGUUUGGCGGCGGCGUCCGCCAGUCGGGCGGCGUGGCCGCCAGCGCAGACUAUGCGCUCACGCACCACUUCCCCCGGCUGGCGGGCACGCACGUGCUCGCGCGCCGUCUGGCCGCGGGGCUCGAGAGUGUCGGCUGCGGCAUCGUCGCGCCGGUCGACACGAGCAUGGUCUUCUUCGACCCCACGCCGCUGGGCCUGACCAUCGGCGAGAUCUGCGACGCGCUCGCCGCACUGCCCAACCCCAUCAACCUGAACGCCAACCGCGUCGUCCUGCACCACCAGACGUCGCCCGAGGCCGUCGACGACUUCAUCGCCGAGGUCGAGCGCCUCGCGGCGCUUGUGCCGGCUGAGAAGCGCGCCGCGGGGGCUGCGGCCGGCGUAGGGGCUUCGGCGACCGUCAAGCUCGGCUACUAGGCGAAGAGAGACGCGGGCGGAGUGAAGAGCAGCAGGCAGACAACUAAUUGGGUACAGCACCGUAGUGUAAUUGGCGAUCGUAUAGACCACAAGAACAGUGCGCACAAUGUUUGAAUGUACAGUAUUGCAUAG